ACAUGACGGCUACUCCCAGUCCCCUCCCUCCUCCCAGCGCCGCCGCCCUCCUCCACUAGCGCCGCCGCCGCUUCUCGCCCUCCCUCCAGUCUCAGAUCCGCCGGCCCCUCCUCCCCACUGCGCCUCCAACUGAGACUCCUCUUCCUGCAUCUGACGGCGAUCUUGCGGCGGUAGCUUCCACGCCGCUCGGGCCGGUCCAUGUCGGCGGGCGACGGCGCGGCGGUGUCGGCCGUGGAGGGGAAGCUCGCGGAGCUCUCCACCAGCUGCGACCUCAGGACUCUCCCCAGGAGGGGCAAGCCUGCAUCUGCAAGGACAUUGAACACCGCCCAGAUUCCGCUUGUGGCAAGCCAUCCGGAGGUUUAUGAACCAUGUGAUGAUUCCUUUGCCCUCGUAGAUGCUCUGCUCUCUGACAAAGCUCAACUUCUGGCACUACAGCCAAGUUUAUGCCUGGAGGUAGGUUGUGGCAGUGGUUAUGUCAUCACAUCUCUAGCCAUCAUGCUCAGGCAAUUAGGCUCCGGAACCCAGUACCUAGCAACAGACAUCAACCAGCAUGCUGUGGAGACAACUCAAGCCACACUUGGAGCCCAUGGUAUUCAUGCAGAUGUUAUUGCUACUGAUAUUGUGUCAGGUCUUGAGAAACGUUUGGCUGGUAUGGUUGACGUGGUUGUCGUGAACCCUCCAUAUGUGCCAACACCUGAGGAAGAAAUCGGAAUCAAGGGCAUCGCUGCAUCUUGGGCUGGAGGGUUGAACGGGCGCCAAGUGAUCGACCGGAUUCUUCCUGCUGUGCGUGAGCUGCUAUCAGAAAAAGGGUGCCUGUACAUGAUUGCCCUCGAAGAUAAUGAUCCUCUGGGUAUAUGCCAUUUGAUGAACGAGAAGGGGUUUGCAUCUCGUGUUCUCUUGAAGAGGUGUACAGAAGAGGAGAGCCUCUAUGUUCUCAAGUUUUGGCAAGAUGCUGCUGUUAGCACAAAUGCCUCUCAAUCUGGCAAAUCUCCAGGAUCCGAUUCCUCGUGGCUUUCUCCGUUCAGAUCCUUUUGGCAUAAGAAUGGUAGCAGUUCUUGACUUCAUCAGUUUGGCUUUUACCAUCUGCAAAUUUCAUAUGGUGGUGGUAUAUGUAGACAUGUCUGAAUGCAGUGUUACUGUCCAGUUCUCACCUGCCUCAGAAAACAAGAACUAGAUUGACAUGGUGAGCUUAAUUAGCUAUCGUCCUAUGAGCAAUAUAUUGAACCAAUUCUAGACUAUUAGUACCAAACUUUUAUUUAUCGGUAAAAUCAGCUUCUUAUGUUAGCAUCAUGUGUGUAUAUGUGCUAGUAUAAUGAAUCUAUUGUCUUCCUGAAUGCGAUGGUAUGCAGUUGAUUCUACCUUGUUAUUUAUCUUGCUGGGAGAAGUUGGAAAUGUACAAAAUUAGCUACAAGACUGUACCAGUGUAUGAUAUAUAUCUAUUUAAUAUGAGGGUCUGUUUGUUCCUGUGCC